CCAUUUUUGUUCAUAGCUUCUUUUUUAUUCAGAGGAGAGGUAAAGCGAGACGGAUAAAGAAACAGAGAGAGAGAUAGUAGGAAACGGAAAACGUUAAAUGAAUGAGAAACCCGCCAUCGCUUCUUUCGCUCGCGAUUGACUCCGCGCUUCAUAAUCUCCCCUUCUUCUCCGAUCUCUCCUGCUUGCCAGAUCACAUCCUGGUUGAGCUCUUCCUGAAAACAUUAAGAGCUGGAAAGCUGACGGAGAAGAUUUUGAACUUGUUUGUGGCUACUGGCAAAGAAGAAGUCCUUUCUCUUAUUGAGGCUUUCAACAUCCAAGCUGUUCUAACUCCUGUUCUUCCAACUAUUAGCAUCAGAGAUGAUGAGAUUGAUAUUGUUGUUGGAGCACUCCAAUCUGAUCUUACGUCAUUCAUGUGGGAGUGGAGACCAAUAUUCUCCCGUUUCCACCUUAUAAUUGUCAAAGAUCCUGACCUCCAAGAAGAACUUAAUAUCCCAGGUGGAUUUAACAUUGAUAUCUAUACAAAAUCAGAUAUACAACGUGUUCUGGGGGCAUCAAGUGCUGAUCUUUUCUCUGGCUAUUCAUGCCGGUAUUUUGGUUAUCUUGUUUCCACUAAAAAAUAUAUCGUCUCAAUUGAUGAUGAUUGCAUUCCAGCAAAGGAUCAUGAGGGAAAUAUUGUUGAUGCAAUCGCCCAGCAUAUCAGCAACCUCACAACUCCUGCCACACCCUUUUUCUUUAACACACUCUAUGAUCCUUUCCGCAAAGGAGCAGACUUUGUUCGUGGCUACCCAUUUAGCUUGCGAAGUGGGGUAUCAUGUGCUCUGUCAUGUGGACUCUGGCUUAAUAUGGCAGACUAUGAUGCUCCUACACAGGCCCUCAAGCCAAAACAGAGGAACUCUAGAUAUGUUGAUGCUGUUCUUACUGUACCAGCGAGGGCAUUGAUGCCUGUGAGUGGAAUCAAUAUAGCUUUUAACCGUGAGUUGGUUGGACCUGCUUUGUCGCCAGCUUUCAGGUUGGCAAAGGAAGGGCACGUGAGGUGGGAAACUGUGGAAGAUAUAUGGAGCGGGAUGUGUGUUAAGGUAGUCUGUGAUCAUUUAGGUCUUGGUGUAAAAAGUGGGCUUCCUUACGUGUGGAGGAAAGAAAGAGGUAAUGCCAUUGAGAGUUUGAAGAAAGAGUGGGAAGGGGUAAAGCUGAUGGAGGAAGUCGUUCCUUUCUUUCAAUCACUGAGGUUGUCUCCACAAGCAACUACGGUAGAAGAUUGUGUUACUGAGAUUGCUGCAGCGGUGAAGGAGCAACUGGGAAAAUCAGCGCCUGUGUUUUCUCGGGCUGCAGAUGCCAUGGUGGAGUGGGUCAACCUCUGGAAUGCUGCGAAAACUCAAUAAACCAAUUGUUGCUUGAGUGCUUAAAUUAUCCUCCUUUUCAAUUGUUAUCCCCAACUUAUUUUGAUAAGCCUUGUACAUUUUCUGUUUCCUUGUGACUGAUCAAGGUAGGUGGAAACAAUACCAUUAUAGAUGUUUGAAAAUUCCAUCA